GUUCUACCAGCCCUGGGUUUCCUUGCCGCAACACUAGAGGCUCUCGACCGCAACAUUCUUAGGACAGACCAGGUUGUCCGGCUGGUCGGCUUCUUUGGCGCCAUGUUUUCCUACGACCACAAGGCUGGAAUCACCGCCUCCACCAAGGCCUUGGUCCAACUGCGCGCCAUGAAGAACUUCAAGCCCGACAUGGGUGUCAAGGUGAUCGAAGACAUGUCCAAAAUCAAAGAGGACUUCCGCUUGCAGUUGGCGCCGACUAGGCUCGACAUGUAUGAGCUGUUUCUGGGACUCCUUGAAGACGAAUCUGUCAGGAGCGAGCUGCAACACAAGUACGGCUCGUCUUGCGGCUUUGUGGUCGACCUACUUCAGAUAUGUCAGCACGAGAGAGACCCCAAGAAUCUUUUGGUAUGGUUCGAAAUCCUUGUCGCUCUUGUGAGGAGCUACGAUGCCUCUGCCGAAGUAACCGAGGAGAUAUUCAAGGCAUUUUCGGCUUACUUCCCAAUAUCCCUGAGGACCUCGGCUACCCCAGCUGGAAUUACUGCCGAAGACCUCAAGAGCGCUCUCAGAAACUGUUUUGCUGCACAUGGGCGGCUCGCCACCUUGGCGUUUCCAUUCUUGAUGCAAAAGCUGGACCAAGGGGAUGCCGUUACCGUCUCCGUCAAGGUCGACAUUUUGAAGACUAUCAAAGCCUGCGUCGAACAAUACGAGAACCCUCAGGUUAGCGUUGUCCCCCACAUUGAGAAGAUAUGGAGCUCCCUCAAGUACGAAGUACGAAAUGGGGAGGUUAAAGAGACAAUCGACGCCACAUUGGAGGUGCUCCGGGCCAUUGCCAACAAGCUUGAUGGCACAAGCACACAAAAGUACGAGGCAUCCAUGUUGAAAAACUACAUUGAGCUUGUAUUCAGCGACACUCGCGAGGACCUAUCCAAUUCCACAUACACCAAGCAAGCAGGCUUGCUUCUUAUGACGGUUGUAACUUGCAACGUUAGAGCCUACGUCCUAGAGAGUUCCAAUCUCAUCGAGUGCCUCCGACAGAAUAUCCGGCAACCCAAGUCUCCAUCCCACACUAAAGACCUUGUUCUGCUUCUAAAUUCCGUUUUAAGGGCUCGGAUGGAUCUUGUCAAGAACCGUGCAAACUUCAACCCCGAAGACGAGAAGCUUUUGCAAGCUGAGUCCCACACAUCCCUUGAAACCCUGUUUCAUGACGUUUACCUGCCGCUCUGGACUAAGCGAGUCAACGACCCAAGACUUGAAGAAGUUGACGUUCUCAAGCAAGUUGCUCAAGGAUUUGCUUUGAUAGUACGCCAGCAAGCAGUAGGCCCAGACGGCCAAGUCUUGCUUCUGUCAUCUGUCACCGUUUGCUCGGAGAUAUGUUUUCUCCUAACACAAAGUCUCACACAAUGUCUUGCGCUAAGCUCGAAUGACAACGUUGUCCGCGAUGCUGCUUUGGAAGACGAGAUUGUAUUGGCCGUGCGGUCGGUUGUAAUGAAUUAUACGGACGGAUACGCGGAGUUUGCAAACAAGGCAAGGGCCGAAAUCCGGAAGCGCGACUGGACGGUUCCUUCGAAGCACUCGCUGAGAGCUCUAACAGAUCUCAUUAUGCGUCUGGCCUUUAUUGGUUGCUCCGAGAUACCCUCCAGUGCCGCCCUCGGGAUACCAUCGCAAAAGACUUUCUCCCCUCUCCAACACUUUAUCACUCUUGCUUCGACUGCGUUGGAAUUAUUCGACACAUUAUCAUUGUCAGUUGCUGCAAGACCUGGAGUUUCAGUGAAGGAGUCCCAAGUAAAUGCAUAUAUCAUGGCUGCAUUGCACGCUGGUAUUUUACAUUUUUGCGACGCGUGUACAGAAAAGUACAAGCAAGAGUCACUGGCAUCGUACUCUAAAAGCGAUCGAGACUGGGUCGAAGAGUUUCGCCACAUGCCGAGAGACUGGCUGCGCCAGCUUCAAGAAAACAACGGCAAGUCGGACGAGGCUCUAGCUUCUGUUAAAGAGGACGAUCCGGAGGUGUAUCGCCAAUUUCUCCGACUAAGCUUGUUUAUUGUCAGGUACCUAUACCUAGCUGAUUCUACUGGGGAGUCACCAACACCCUGGAGUGGACAGACCAGGAUACAACUCGCCAAUAUAGCUGCGUUCGUGGUUGGGAGUCUUGAUGAAGGGCUGCAGAGAUCCUGCAAGCUAGCCUCCGAGGCCUUUAAUUUAUUCCGGGUGGAUAAAUCGCCUUCCACGCUGUCCGGUCCCAGGGACUCCCGGACAGAGCCGUUAACUCUUGGAAUAUUGAGGGGACUAUGGCCGGGCACCAUGACUGAAAUGUACAACCCUGACGGCGUUGCCCAAACGUUUAUGUGCGACUCCGCCGACGCUGGAUCUUUGACAGCUCGAGAAAGUCAAAUACGAGCGUCUAUAGGACUGAUUCUUGCUAAUAAAUACAAAGGGGGAGCGUCAACCUCUGAUCCCGAUGGCCAGGUGAUGGGACAGGUUAUGGAUUAUUGGGGGAAGCAGUUAAAGGUGGCGACGGCGUCGACAGAUAUCAGCUCAACCAAGCUCGAGGCAUUGAUCAUUCAUGCCAUGCACAUCAUAGCCGGAGCUACCGCCCGCCAAGAUAAGAAUGUGCUUGGUCUGGUUUUGGUAUUCCAAGAGGCGAUUGCAAGCCAAAACGGCGGAACUGUUGCCCGUUCGAUAGGAAUUCUUGUCCAGAGCAACGACCUUCUCACCUCAGAAAACCAUGCGGUAUUUCGGCGCUUCUACAAGCAAUGGGUCUACAGCAAUCUUGCGAAGCCGUUGUACAACCUCGCGUUACCCACCGAGAAUGGGUCCGAGGCGGCGAUACGAUACACAGCUGCAAUCCUGUCGAUUGCCAGCAACUGCCCAUUUAUAGUGUACGAAGACGACUUGGAGCCGCUAAUCCGGCUCAUCAUAACGGCUCUGGUCAACCGCACCAGUUUAUCAAAGGACAUUGCUAGGUUGCAGGUGGUGCCGGCGCUCGAGAUUCUCGUCGAGGUGCUGGCGAAUAACCCCGACUCUCUCAAAGGCCAUUUGCGGGCCAUCGUCGAUUCCGUGACGGCAAUUUAUAAAGAGUCGUUUCACGAGCACCGAGAGAGGAGCAAGCACGACUCCAAGCCAGUCGGCCGCGCGAGUGUCUUGCACAUUGUCAUGUGCCGCAAGCUAGUUCUGCAGCUGCUAGCUGCCCUUCCGAAAAAGUUCGAAGUGCGCUACCUGCUUCCUUUUGGCCACGUGUUGCGGCGAACGCUGUGGGAGGCCUGCGGAGAUCCGAUCCGAGAGCUGCGGGAGACUGCACGCCUGGCCAGGAAAAACUGGCUCAAGAUCGAGUGAUGAGUACGAAACGAGGCUCUCGAGUAGACCGAGCACCUGGGAAUGAC